CAGAACGAGUCGACUCACUGUGUAGUGCCGGCAGCUUUUUCCUCCUGCGGACGCUCAACUGUACGGACAACAUCUGCACGCGAACUAACUUUUUGGUGAUAUUUUACGCACGAGGGGGGUUUUCCCAUACUUGCGAAGAGCCGAGACAUUUUACUGCUACCUAUCCUUUUUUUCCAACACAAAAACUUCCAAGAGGUACCAUGCAACUUUAUGUUGCUGUGAUGUUCGUUUAUGGAGUGACGGCACUCAAUAUGACAGAGGAGAGGGGCUCCUGCCCACUUGGAUAUUUCCCGUGUGGCAACCUGACCGUGUGCCUCCCUCAGCUCCUGCACUGCAACGGCAUCAAUGACUGUGGGAACCAGGCGGACGAGGAGAACUGCGGAGAUAAUAACGGAUGGCCACAUCUUUUCGACAAGUAUUUUGGAAUGCCGAGCUCAGACACAGGGACCAGGUCCAAUUUAUGCCUGCUGGGGAUUUUCCCUGAGCUCUGCCAGUGUCGAGAGCUGGAGCUUGACUGUGACGGCGCUCAGCUUCGAGACGUCCCGGUGGUGGCUGUGAAUGUAACGAUGAUGUCUCUUCAAAGAAAUCACCUUCACACACUGAAAGCGAACAUAUUCUUCAAAUACCAGAGCCUGCAGAAGCUAUAUCUGCAGCACAACAGAAUUCAAGAUGUGAGUCCUGACGCGUUCAGAGGGCUGUAUAAUCUUACAAGACUAUAUUUGAGCUACAACAAGAUAUCCGUCCUAAUGCCCGGUGUGUUCAAGGACCUGCACAAGCUGGAGUGGUUGAUCCUGGAAAAUAACAAAAUCCAUCAGAUGUCCUCCUUGACCUUUUCUGGACUGAACUCUCUUGUGUUACUGGUGAUGCUGAACAACUCGUUGUCAAAGCUGGAUGACAUCUGUCAUGAAAUGCCGCGGCUCAACUGGCUGGAUUUGGAGGGAAAUGUCAUUGAAACCAUUGGAAACGUCUCGUUACACUCCUGCAGCAUGCUGACAGUUCUGGUCUUACAGAGGAACAGGAUCAGCCACAUCCAUGAACAAGCGUUUUCAGUCCUCCAGAAGCUCGGAGAGUUAGAUCUAUCCAACAACAGACUGGUGACGAUUCCUCCCAAUCUCUUCGUCCUGCUGGAGGAUUUGCUCCAACUGAAUAUAUCAUACAAUCCCAUCAUGGCGCUCCAGGUCGACCACUUUGACAAGCUGCAUAAACUGAAGUCAUUGAGCAUAGAGGGGAUAGAAAUUGAAAACAUACAACGGAGGAUGUUUGAACCUCUGAAAUACUUGACUCAUAUCUACUUCAAGAAGUUCCAGUACUGCGGCUACGCUCCACACGUGCGCAGCUGCAAACCCAACACGGACGGCAUCUCGUCCUUCGAGGACCUGCUGGCUAACAUCGUGCUGAGGGUCUUCGUCUGGGUGGUCUCUGCCACCACCUGCUUCGGAAACAUCUUCGUCAUCUGCAUGCGCUCGUACAUCCGCUCGGAGAACAAACUGCACGCCAUGUGCAUCAUCUCACUCUGCUGUGCAGACGGGCUGAUGGGCAUCUACCUCUUCAUGAUCGGCGCUUAUGAUCUGAAGUUCCGCGGCGAGUACAACCGGCACGCUCAGGCCUGGAUGGACAGCAGUCAGUGUCAAGUCAUCGGCUCGCUGGCCAUGCUGUCCACUGAGGUGUCAGUCCUUCUCCUCACGUAUCUCACUCUGGAGAAAUACAUCUGCAUCGUCUACCCGUUCAAGUACCUGACGCCUGGCUGGAGACGAACCGUCACCAUCCUGUUCGGGAUUUGGGUUGGUUUUAUCGUUGCCUUCCUGCCGCUGGCCUGCAAGGGGCUUUUCCGGAACUUCUACGGGACCAAUGGAGUCUGCUUCCCCCUGCACUCUGAGCAGCCUGAGACGCUUUGGGCUCAUGUUUACUCCAUUGUCAUUUUUCUAGGUCUGAACCUGGUGGCGUUCCUCAUAAUCGUCCUUUCCUAUGCGAGCAUGUUCUAUAACAUCCAGAGAACAGGGACGCAGACCACCAAAUACAGCAACCACAUCAAGAAAGAAGUGACCAUCGCCAAAAGGUUCUUCUCCAUCGUCAUCACCGACUCCCUCUGCUGGAUCCCCAUUUUCAUCCUCAAGAUCCUGUCACUGCUGCAGGUGGAGAUUCCCGGUACCAUUAGCUCCUGGGUGGUCAUUUUUAUUCUUCCCAUCAACAGCGCCCUAAACCCCAUCCUUUACACUCUGACUACACGGCCUUUCAAAGAGACCAUUCUUCAGGUGUGGGCCAACUACAGGCAGAGGCGGCCUCUGCUCAGCGGGCACCCGGCUCAGCAUCCAUCUCUCACCUGGCAGGAAAUGUGGCCGCUGCAGGAGAACAACCACGGCAUCACUGUGGGGCAAGCCAUUGGAACGACAGACACGAUAGCCAAGCUUACCCCUGUGGAAAUAACAAACAAUGGAUACAGUGACAUUACCAAGAGCACACAGCAACAACAGAAGCAGCAUAUAGUGCUGUCUGUGUGUUCACAGAAACAAACACCCACACACAGAAACUAACACAUACACACAAAACAAAUGAACUCUUCUAGCAUCUGUUUGGGAUUAAGGCUACUUCAUCUCACACAAAAAAGAGUGUUGAACUUUUCACACUUUUUAUUCAUCAGUGUCGGCAAAUCCACCCUGCCCAUCUCCUUCCCAAACAGCAGCUGUCAAAGUGGCAGAAAAUGUGUGUGCUCAAUGGUCGAGUGUGCUCAAACAGGCUGUUUGGAGAUGUUCCCUCCAUGACAUCACAA